ACCCGGUCGUGUUGCUAUGAUGCGUGUUGCACUUCAGACAGUGGACGUUGCGUGGUUACUGUUAGCGUGUGUGUUUCUCAUAGCUUUCUGUAUCUGUAAAUUCUCUCUCAAAUUCCCCGGGGACUUCGAGGACAUCUUCCAGGCUUUUAUUCGAUACGGAAAGACUAAAACACAGCUCCCGGAGCUCAGACACGUCCCCUUGGGUUGUGUCCCUAAAAGAUGGUUCUGGCAUUUCUAUGCGGUGUCAGUGCUGUGGAAUGGACUCCUCCUCGGUUUGUCUCUGCGCUCUGUGUUCCUCCAGGAGCAGCUCCCUGACUUCCUGACAGAUCUUCUCAGGGUUUUGACUGAACAACCAAAAGCUUCUUGGAGUGAACUGAAGCUGACAGUCUUGGUGUUGCAGGCUCUCCUGUGGGUCCAUUCCCUCAGGCGCUUGCUGGAGUGUCUCUUCGUCAGUGUUUUCUCUAAUGGCAUGAUCAACAUUGUUCAGUACGCAUUUGGCUUGAGUUAUUACAUCCUACUGGGGUUGACCGUGCUGUCUGUAAACGCCACACUACCUACAGAAGCAUCCUCUGUUCUGAGCUUCUCACAGUUGAUAUGGCACACAUCAGGAGUUCUGCUGUUCCUCUGGGCAUCGUGGCUUCAGCACUGCUCGCUCUCACUGCUAGCCAGCCUGCGCACCAACAGCUCAGGUCGGGUAGAGACACUCACCCAUAGGAUGCCACGUGGAGGCUGGUUUGAGCUGGUGUCAUGUCCUCACUACCUGGCUGAGCUGAUGAUCUACAUGGCCCUGAGCGUGUGCUGCAGCUGUGUCUCUUUCACGUGGUGGCUGGUGGUGCUCUACGUCCUCUGUAACCAAGCUCUGGCAGCUCAUCUCUGUCACGAGUACUACAGAAGCACUUUUAAAUCUUAUCCGUCUGGGCGCAAAGCUUUCAUCCCAUUCUUACUCUAAUGGGCUUUUUAUAAAUAUGUUGCAAUACGAAGAGCAGGUUAUAAUGAAUCUACACCUCGCCAUGGAGCAAACACAUAAUUUAACUAAUGUUUCAUCAUCAGUUGCUUACUCUGUUGUAUGAAAACACUGAACCUUAUUACCCAGUGGUCAACAACUUAGCAACACCCUAGCAACCACCUGGAAUACUACAACACCUGUCCAGCAACGGCCUAGCAACUAACUGAAACACAAUGGCAACCAAUUAGGAACCACAUAAAAUCUCAUCAUAAGCACCUAGUCACACGCUAGAAACCAUGGUAACUCUCCAACAACAAGAUACCAGAACAACCACAUAAAAUUCUCCAAUACAAUAGAAACUAUAUGAAAUAUCAUAGCAACACCCUCAAACCAAUUAGGAUACCAGAGCAGCUGCAUAGCAACACAACUGCAAAGGCAUAACAGCCUAGAAACCAACUCAAAUCACGUAACAAAUUCCACAUAGCAGCUUCCCAGCACCCACCUGGCACCUGGCUAGCAACAUGACAGAAACACCCUAGCCACCACCCGGAAUGCAACAAUCACCACCAAAUAACCUUUACAUAGAAGACACAUAGGAAACCUCUAGCAACCUCUUAAGACUGCUACCUGAUCACUUUUUCCCCUGAAAGUUUUAGUUCUUGAAUCCAAAUUUACUUGGAUUUUAUUGAUUGUUCUUGAUCUUCCUGAUUCUACAGGAAGAAAAUAAAUCCUUCAAAACCAUUGA